CGACUUGCAGCCUUAUCCAUUCUUUAGCCUGAGUUUGGAGGUUUCAACUCGGGACCCUCCAAUUCCUAAGCUAGUAACUCGAUGGAUGUUUGAUUUUUGAAAGUGAUUAGCACACUUUCCAAUACACAUUUUUCUAAAGCACCAAAUUUAUCCUAUUAACAAACACACACUAAACCAAUCUCCAAAUUCGGUUGGUACAAAAACUAAUCAGUAAAUACUAGGCAACUUUUGUUGAGAUCAGAAGCAGAACACCCGCGUUCCGAAGCAGAGGACCUUCCCUCCCUCCCUCUUGGGUUUGUUGAGAAUGGGUACUCGAACGAAUUUCUACAAAAACCCAUCAAUCUCCUACAACAAACACUUCAGCCUCUCCUCUGUUCUUCAGAAUCUCCAAGCUUACAACAUCGCCACCGGCAAUGCUCCUUCCGACGAACAACCACCGCACCCUGCUCCCACCGCCUCCCUCAAACGUCGCCGCCGGGAUCCCCAGCCACCACAAUCCCGAGCCAAUGACCACGACGAUCGCGAUGAACCUUCCUCUAUGUCACACCACGAUUACGUCAAAAAGACAAGGAGAGAAGUUGCUUCGUCUCAGAAUUGCCACCUCUUUGAAUUGACCGAAGAUGUCUUGGGUAACCCUAAUUCUGCUGUCCCCUUGGUUGAUUAUGCAAGUGAUGAAGGUACUCCUUCAGAAUGUGAAGAAACACAUACUCUUCCAAAUCCUGGUGAUGAAAAAGAGUUUGAUGGAGUCAAAGGCAGAAAUGAGCAACGUUUUCCUGUCUCGGGAGAACCUGUUUGUCUUAUGUGUGGAAGAUAUGGGGAAUAUAUAUGCAAUGAGACAGAUGAUGACGUCUGUAGCAUGGAGUGCAAAAGUGAACUUUUGGAAAUUCUUAAACUGAACGAGGGGUCCUCCCAGGACCAAGUUAAAAAUUUCUCCUCAUCUGGCAUUAGCGAUGCCUUACCACUGCCUGUGUUUAGUGAUGGUACCUGGGAUCAUAAUCGGCAUCGCUGGUCAAACAAGAGAUCUAGUCUUUCUACUUAUGAAUGUUGGAAAUGUCAAAGACCUGGUCACAUGGCUGAAGAUUGUCUAGUAAAUAGUUGCAGUCAGAUCACAAUGGGAAGUAAGAAAUCUAGUUCCAUUCCAAAGGAUCUUCUUGGACUGUAUAGAAGAUGCCACCAGAUUGGCAAAGACUUGUUGGCUGCCAACUGUAAUGAAUGCCGCAGCUCAUUAAAUUUGGCUACGUGCCUUGAUUGUAGUAUUGUCCUUUGUGAUGGGGAAGGUCACUUGGAUGAGCAUAUAAGAACGCACCCUUCACACCAAAAAUACUAUUCACACAAGCUAAAACGUCUGGUUAAAUGCUGCAAGCCGACAUGCAAGGUGACUGACAUCAAGGAUCUCUUGAUUUGCCACCAUUGCUUUGAUAAAGCCUUUGAUAAGUUCUACGACAUGUAUACUGCAACAUGGAAAGGAGCUGGGCUUUCAAUUAUAUGGGGUUCUAUAUGCUGUGAAGACCACUUCACCUGGCACAGGAUGAAUUGUUUAAGUGCAGAUGUUGACGGAAGUGCAUAUAUUGUAAACCGCAAUGGCCGUAAAGGCAAACAUACGCAACUUAGUGACUUCAUUUUUUGAUGGCUGAAGCACUUUGUCCUAAGUUUUGAAGAACUUCUUAAAAUUGUUCUUGAAAUGUGAUCAGUGGAUAAUGGGGUGAAUAUUCUUCUCGAUUCCUCAUUCUUCUUGGAGACUUGACUGAUAAAGAUUUUAAAUAAGGCGCUGUUAAAGGUAUGGGCUUCUUCCCUACAAAAGUCAGAAGUAUAGAUCUUAUUCAGGAUAGGAUGACGAAGAUUGUUCCAUACCUCACAAUCAAAUUAUAAUGCUUCUGUAUAUCUACUCUUAAAUUAUUUAUAAAGUAUGGGAAACAUACUAAAGUAAAAUUAAAACA